AUGCUUCGCGCAAUGGUGUUUUGGUUACUUAAGCUGACUGAAGCAACCAUUCAGCAGCAAAACUACGGUUGUUUAAAUACAGGCUGUACCCCUGACAAGUGGCAACACGCGAGAUCAAAAUUUGCAUCGGAAUUAUUAACGAUCAAUUGUUUUGUUCGAGAACCAAACGGAAAGUUGCACCUUUAG